UUGUGGACCAUUGCAUUUAUCUUAUUCUUCAACAGCGAUUUUUCCAAAGCAAAUAUAAGCACUACUGACACGAAUCAUCAUGGCGGAACUGUCAACGAACGAGAUGAAGCAGCUGCUCGAGGAGCGCACCAAGGGCAUGGCCGAGGCCCGCGACCGCGCCGCGCAGUACGAGCUCAACCUGCGUGAGAAGCGCGCCAAGCUGCUUGAGGGCAAGACUCUGACCACAGCUGACGCCACAUCGAACGUCAAGGUCUCCGAUCUGAAGCAGGAGAACAGCGAGCUCGCGGCCAAGCUUGCUGGAGUUACGGGCUCGCGUGCAUUAUCGGCAGAGGAAAAGCUGGCAGCGGCGGCAGAACAAAAGCGACGCGCAAACGAUCCCGAGGUGCAGGCAGAGCUGCGUCGCAUCGAUGCGCAAAUCCGAGCGCUCGGUGGCAAUCCUGAUGACGACUAUAAGCCAUAUGUGGUGAAUGAGACGGUCAUCAAAGAAGGCCCAAAGAUUGUCAAGAGCAUGUUUGACAACAUUUUUGCCGAUCUCGGCUCCUUUGGAGCGCCCGCCGAUGGCGAUGCUCCUGCGCAAUGAAGCGUCGAGCAUAGUUUGAAUCUUGCGAGGAUGGCUCUGAAAUGUUCCCCGCUCCAACGGGAAUUCGCUUCUUUGCUUUACCAUUUUCGCCAUCCUGGAUUUCCCCUCCUCGUCUCUGAAAUGCUCUGUUUUCGUGUUGUUACUUUGUACAUUCUUCCAAAAACUGGAAAAAACCCCACAA